CGUUUCAUUUAUUCAAUUGUUUUUCAGAGCAGCCCGCGAGUGCCAAUGUAAAUACAUUUGUAUAAGGACUCGUUUUGUAAUUUGGAUAGAUAAAAGAGGGACAAUCAUGUAAAUAUGUAUUAUUUAUGAGAGUGGAUUGUGUCCUAUAUAAACAGACUAUUGUUUGUAUAUACGAGUUAAAACUAUAUAUAUCUGCCUUGCUACAUAUAUACGUACUCAUACAUUCUCACAUCAGAAAAUCUCCGGCAAUUUGGUUUAAUUUAUAUUACAAAUGUCUUCCGGAGACGACCAGAAAACUGAGAAAACCUUCUCAAAAUUUUACUGUCACCAUUGUAAAAGAACCAUCUAUUUCGAUUCCUCUCAUUCUCAACCUCGUUGCUUUUACUGCAAUAACCAUGGCUCUUCCGACGAUCAAAUCGGAAACACCAUUGUUCAAGAAUCUUCUUCUCCAAUAAACACCACUGUUCAAGAAUCUUCUUCUUUUAACCCGUUGGUCUUUCUCUGGGGAUAUAUCCUUCUCCUAAUCUUUAUACAGUACUGCCUAAUAUUAGGCCAUGGCUCUUCCAAGAAACAAGAAGAAGAAUCUUCAACCUCCGCAAUCGAUUAUGAGGAGCUCACAGAAACGUGUCAGAGCCGGAACGAGGUGGUUCCCAGGGAGGAUGAUGAAGACGACUAUGAUAAGGAAUACGAAGCCUUUCUUCUGAAUGAAUUGGGGUAUUAUUUUUACGAAUCACAUGAUGAGACCCUUCGGGCGAUGAAGGCUUCCGAGGAUAUGUUAUUAAAUUCGAACUCGAAUACGUGCGUGGUGUGCCUUGAAAAGUUCACGUUAGGGGAUCAGAUUCUGGAAUUGCCUUGUGGAAGGCACCUGUGUCAUCGACUGUGUGCAUUGCCGUCCAACGAUUGUCCCGGAUGCUGGUACGAGCUUCCCCCGUGGAAUGAUAAGAAUGUCUUUGCCGGUACCGAUGAUGAUAACGAAGACGACCACGACUAUGAUGAGGAAUACGAAGCCUUUCUCCAAAGUCAGUCGAGUUCUAAAUAAACCAAACAUAUGGGGGCAGAAAAAAGAAACUAUUUCAUGGCCUGAACGUGGAAAUAACCACAUGUAUGGAGCUUCGAAUAAAAAGCUUUUCUUAUAUAUAUAUGGUAAUUAAUAGGAAGACGGCCGGCCAUUGGUACUUAUAGGAUACUAUAAGACCAUUUUUUUUUGUUUUAAUAUCAAUCACACAUCUGAGGAUAAUUUGAUAUUGGUAUACACAUAUAUAAUUUUACAAACUACCUAUUCCAUCUGUGUUUGUCAUGUUCCCUUUUCACAUCUCAAUUUUAUUAUAUAUUCUUAUAUUUGUAUUAUAGUGCCUUCACCAGUGCUCUUACGUCCGCUACAAA